AAAUACGUUUCUUUUCAUUGUUAGAGUGGCCACUUGAGUAUCUGGUCAACGAUGGAUCAUCUGUGGUAUCCAUCUGGGAAAAGGCUGUAUGGACACUCCUGACCUGCAAAUUGAUAUUUAAUUUCAGAAUCGGUUAAAAUUAGGUUACGGUAAGGGUUAAGGGUUUGGUUAAAGUAAGGGUCAGUUUUAGAUUUUAGUUAGUCGUUUGCAGGUCAGCAGUGUCCUUAGGUCUCUCCCAUAGAUCUGAGGAACAGAGAGGAGAGGGGCAGGAUUCUGAGGUGAGGUAGAGAGAGACAGAGAGAGGGGAGCCGAGGUUGAUCGCUACAACAAGACUCAACUCAGUCAGGACGGAAUAAGCUGCUAGAGACACACUGCGGGGUCUGGGAAGGAAAUCUGUCGCAGGGGACGAAAAAGGAGUGAAAGUGUUUCUGUUGCUGGAUGGACUUGUAUUUUUAUAUCGCAACUUAGUUUUCCCUUUUCCUCUCCUUUCCCUUCCACCGCCCUAACGGAUCGCAUUCCGCGGAGCAGCUGCGCUUUAAUGCCCCUGCGCAUUCUAGGAGGAGAAGGAGAGAAGAGCGAGGAAGAAGGAGUACAGAGGGAGGGAGAAGGAGAGCAGAGGCCUGACUUCUCGGAAACCGCUCCGCCGCCCCUCACGCCUCUCCCCCGUGGCUGUCUGUCCCCUCUUCCCUCCUGGCCCUGUAUGGACGGGGAUGGGGAGAGCCGGAUGUUGUUACCGCGGGGCUGAGCGCCUCGCAUCCCCACCGAGGGUGCCCCGCUUGCGGCCGUUGCUGGUGCUGCUCCUUGCUCUCUGCUACGGGGCUCACAGAGGUGGUCAUUGCCAGGUGGCCACCCCUCAGUGUCGUAUCCAGAAGUGCACCACAGACUUUGUGUCCCUGACGUCUCACCUGACCCCAGCGCUGGAUGGCUUUGACGUAGAAUUCUGUAAGGCUCUGAGGUCCUACAGCGCCUGCACCCAGAGGACAGCCAAGUCCUGUAGGGGUAACCUGGUCUUCCACUCUGCUGUCCUGGGCAUCUCAGACCUCAUGACCCAGAGAAACUGCUCCCGUGACGGGCCCACCUCCUCCACACACCCCGAGAUGCAAUCAGAGCCCUGCAACUACCACAGCCGCACCCAGCACGCUCACAUACACCCUCACACACACCCUCACACACACCCUCACACACACCCUCACACACACACUCACACGCCGCCAGUGUACCUGUUCUGCGGGCUGUUCGGGGACCCCCACCUGCGGACGUUUAAGGACAGCUUCCAGACCUGCAAGGUGGAGGGGGCGUGGCCACUUAUUGACAACGACUACUUGUCCGUGCAGGUGACCAACGUUCCAGUGGUGACGGGAUCCAGCGCCACGGCGACCAAUAAGAUCACCGUCAUAUUCAAGCCAUUUGAGGAGUGUACAGACCAGCGUGUGUACCAGGCAGUAACAGAUGACCUGCCCGCUGCCUUCGUAGACGGUACCGUGAGCAGCGGGGCCCCUGACCAUAACCUUAACGGAAAUAAUGGUGACUCUACCGGGAAGGUACAAGCGCUGUGGAUCUCGGAGCAUAGCCCCGGUCACCACGUGGAGCUGCAUGCCGACUACAUCGGCGUGACGGUUAUCGUACGACAGCUGGGGCGCUACCUGACCCUGGCGGUGCGCAUCCCGGAGGAGAUGGCCCAUGCCUACGACGCUACGCAGGACCUGCAGCUCUGCCUGAACGGAUGUCCCACCUCGGAACGCAUCGACCGGGGGGGUCACCUGUCCCUGCCUCUCCCUCUACCACCUCCAGCCCUGGGCUUACAGCUCCAACAGCCACAUGGCCAGGGCCAGUCCUCACACACACACUCUCACACGGCUCCCUACAGCGCCCCCCAGGGGUUCAGUAUGGAGGGUGCGCGGGCACGCUGCAGGGAGCAGCUUGAGGUGCAGGAUAUUUAUUUCCACUCAUGUGUGUUUGACCUCCUGACCACCGGGGACGCUAACUUCACUGCAGCGGCGUUCAGCGCCCUGAAGGACAUGGAGAGUCUCCACCCCCAACGCGAGCGCUGGACGAUCUACCCACCCAGCUCAGCCCACACCUCUCAGCCUAUCACAUGGCUCCUACUGCUCACGCUCUGUGUGCUCGGAUAGGCACUGGUAUAGCGUGUGUGUUUGUGUAUGUGUGUGUGUUUGUGUAUGUGUGUGUUGGUAUAGAGCUCCUAGCUGAGCUGUAGGAUAAAGUUCCCUCUUGAUGCAGAUCUAAGUUCAGUUUUGAGUUUUCGCCCUAAUGGUUAUGAUUGGGGAGGGUAACCUAAGCUGAUCCUAGAUCUGUGUCUAGGAGAAACUUCUAACCAGAGCCCCUCUGGAGAUUUACCCUUUUCUUCUUCUUGACUGAACACCCGGGGCAUAUUACUGCCACAAAGGAGCUGCAAGCCCCCAGGUCCAAGCCCACAGGUCCAAGCCCCCAGGUCCAAGCCCACAGGUCCAAGCCCACAGGUCCAAGCCCACAGGUCCAAGCCCACAGGUCCAAGCCCACAGGUGGAUUCUGAACAGAUUCCAUGACACUCUUGUACUUUUACCAACUCUGCUAUGUGGGAUCUAGCAGGCCUUGUGGAGAUUAUGACCAAUCUAUAUGUGAGGAUAACACAUAUAAAGGAAGACCCAAAUAAACACUCCCAACUUGUGUGUAUAUUGUAGAAACACACUCCAGACUGUAAAUAGUGUGUGUGAGUACCGUAUCCAGGAACGCUGAAUGGCGUUGAGUUUUGGUUGUUAUUUUGGCUUGAUUUUGUUGUGAUUGUUUUUUUAUACCUCAGACAGAGGAAGUUGAUUUAACAGAAGCACUUUAUUUAUUUUUUGUUGCUAAAUCCACACCAGUGUUCCCCCUCUCCCCUCUCUACCCCACCCCCUCAACCUUUCCCCCUACAUGACAUAUUUCUCCCCACUGCCCCCCCCCCCCCCCCCCCCCCCCACCACCACCACCAGCAGCAGCCCAAGCUGUGGAUUUCAUCUGCCAAUUUCUUCACUCACAGUGCAAAUCUCAAAUGACACCUGAUUUCCUCAACAUGCACUUUCCACCAGAGGGACAUAGGGAAACAUAGGGCAUGGUCAAAUGUAGUGCAUUAUAUAGGGAAUAGGGAGCCAUUUGAGACAAUUAACCAGCUCACUAACACAGUGAGAUGGAACCUCUGUUUUAAAGCCGACAUUCCAAAGGCAGUUGAGUUGAUUUAGCCUCUGUCCUAUAGUAAAUACAUUUUUCUGUUGAAUGUAUUCUGUAUGGUACCAUAGUAGCUGUUAAGAACAGUUUCACACACCAUUACCGUUUAAUGUUUGGUUAUCAUUUACAUUUUACAGUAUGUCUGCAAAUACAGUGUGUGUGUGUGUAUGUGCUUGUGCGCAAGUUUGCGUGUGUUUUACCUGACUUGUCGUCUGAGGACUGAAAAGUCAGUCAACCUCAGCAACUCUUUUUAUGAACAUAUUCCCUGUUUGUUCACACUGAUGUAAUGACUAUAACAUGCUCUGACUACGUUUAUUUUUACUUCCACAAAUUUCAGCUGGUGGUAACAAUCCAUUUACCAAACAGCUUUGACUCAGCUUUUCUAUGUUGUGGUUUUCUCUUUCUAUGAGUGUUCAGUUUGCUUUCAAAGACAAACACAUACAGUGAUUCACCAUACAAGUUCGCCAGUUUUCAUAUAUUGGAACAUGGUGAUCACACAUCCCCUCCAAACCCAAACCGUAACCCUGCCCUGAACCCUUCCUACACAUCUGUAACUCUUAGUAAACUUGCUACUGUAGAUCGACUCUAUUUUGGGAUGCUCCCCAACUGGACACAUGGCUAGACUGUAGUAAACUGUAGACCAGGGUUGCACACUUUAGUUCCAGCCCAGCACUAACACACCUGAUUCAGCUACCCAAGAUAUUGAUGAUUGGUUGAUUAGUUAAACCAGGUAAGUUAUAGCUGCGCUGG